GCCCUGCUUUGCUUGUCUAAGAGUGAUUGCCUUUGGGAGAAGACCUUGAUAUUCCACCUGUGUUAAUAGGAAGGUGCUGUUUUUCAAACCUAAACUUUUGACCAAGAAUGAAACUAUUUAAAACUUAAUAUGCCAACAGAUCACGAGGAGCCCUGUGGCCCCAGUCACAGGCCCUUCUGCCUGAACGGGGGCACCUGCUAUGUGGUAUCCGCUGUGCCCGGCCCGUUUUGUAGAUGCAUUGACAAUUAUACGGGAGCACGUUGUGAAGAGGUUUUUCUCCCAAGCACCAGCACCCAGGGUAAACCCGGCCUGCUUGCGGCGAGUGUGGCACUGGCGGUUCUUCUGGGGGCUCUUCUCGUUGGAGCCCUCUACUGCCUGUGCAGGAAGGGCUGCCCUCAGAGGGCCAGUGCAGUCCAACAUGGCCUCAGCCUGGCAGAGACAAGCCGGACCAGUGCCCAGCACAGCCAUGGAGAACACUGAAGAAAUAGCAAA